AUUAGUCAUAAAUAAAUUCUUCAUAAAAUUAUACUACAUUCUUAACCUCCCUCUCUUUCUCUCUGCUCAUAAACAUCACACACCAUUGCAAUAACGCCUACAAUCCCUUCUAUAUCUAUAGAUCCAUUAGAAUUUCUCCCUAAUUUCCACUCUUCUGUUGAGCUGGUUUGCGCGUUAAUUUUGAUACAUUUCGGAAUGAGAUUGUGGGAGAGAUAUUGAAGAGAGGGCAAUUAGAUAAGGGUGUGAAGAUGAGUGAGGGUAAGCGGUUUCAGCUGGGGACCAUUGGUGCUCUGAGCUUGUCUGUGGUUUCGUCCGUGUCGAUUGUGAUUUGCAACAAGGUGCUUAUUAGCACACUUGGUUUCACUUUUGCUUCAACUUUGACAAGCUGGCAUCUUCUGGUCACAUUUUGUUCCCUCCAUGUGGCUUUAUGGAUGAAAUUAUUUGAGCACAAGCCUUUUGAUCCAAGAGCCGUGAUGGCAUUUGGCAUCCUGAAUGGGAGUUCCAUUGGACUUCUGAAUCUUAGCUUGGGCUUCAACUCUGUUGGUUUUUACCAGAUGACAAAACUGGCAAUUAUCCCCUGUACAGUUCUCUUGGAGACCAUUUUCUACAGGAAGAAAUUCAGUCAGAAUGUCCAGUUUUCACUUGUCAUCCUUCUUGUGGGUGUUGGGAUUGCAACUGUGACUGAUCUGCAGCUAAAUCUCCUGGGAUGUGUCUUGUCUCUGCUUGCAAUUGUUACAACUUGUGUUGCUCAGAUUAUGACCAAUACUAUUCAGAAAAAGUUCAAAGUUUCUUCAACCCAACUCUUGUAUCAAUCUUGCCCCUAUCAGGCAAUCACUUUAUUCAUCACUGGCCCAUUUGUUGACGGACUUUUGACAAAUCAGAAUGUCUUUGCUUUCAAAUAUACCCCACAAGUGCUGGCGGUCAUAGUUCUGUCCUGCCUUAUAUCAGUCUCUGUGAACUUCAGUACCUUUCUUGUAAUAGGAAAGACAUCUCCAGUUACCUACCAGGUCCUAGGGCAUCUUAAAACAUGCCUAGUUUUGGCCUUUGGCUAUUGUCUGCUCCAUGACCCAUUUAGCUGGCGAAACAUUCUAGGAAUUCUCAUUGCCAUCGUUGGGAUGGUACUCUAUUCUUAUUGUUGUUCUCUUGAGAGCCAACAAAAGGCCAGUGAAACAUCAUCACAACUGUCUCAGGCCAAGGAAAGUGAAUCUGAUCCUCUUAUAAGCGUGGAAAAUGGAGGUAGCAUUUUAACCGAUGGUAUUGCUCAAAAAGCCCCCACGUGGAAUUCAAAUAAGGACCUGCAAGCAUGAAGCUUCCUCAAAUAAAAUAUAUUUCACUCUAGUUCAAAAUUGAUACACAGAAAAUGUGCCACAGCGAUGAAAUUGUCACUUCUAGGAUCUCCACGUAUUGAAUAGCUUGGGGUUGGUCUUUUUUGAGGAGUUGACAAAUUAUGUUCUAGUAGUAACCUGAGUUAAAAGGAAAUGUCAUAUGUUGCAGCAGUUUUGGUUAUUAGAGUUUUGUAAGAGAGUUGGGUAUGCAAUAGAAUGGGUAUAUUGCCAAUGGGCUAUUUGUUCUCAAAUACAUAUAAUGACUAUCCCCUUUAACCACUCCUUUUGUCGAUAUUGUUUUGUUUCUGUGAAGAAAAUGAAGAUAUGCAGUCUUGAUCAUGAAGAUCAAGUUCCAUCCA